AUGUCGAACCGAUACAACGGCUCAAGCUAUGCCAAAUCCUUUCUUGACUCACUCUUUAUCGCAAAGAACGGCACCACCAACCAUCUUCAGUCAUCCUCGUCCAACUCAACCUCGAACACAGCGCAAGCGUCAACACCCUCAGCGUCCGCCUCCAUCGCAACCUCCUUGGGCACGGCUCCUCUGCUCACCGCUGCCUUCAAGCCACACAAGCCAUCCUCCCUCUCAUCAUCGGCAUCGGCGUCUGCAUCCGAGGAUGGAGCGGUAGAGCGAGAUGCAUCCGGAUACGAUGCUUAUCUUCCGUCGGCACUUUUAGCUCAAGUAGAGGAUGAAGACGACCUAGUCAACGAUAACCGUGGAGACGAAGAUGACGCCUCGUCCGUAGCUACUUCUCCGCCUCUCUCGUCCUCCUUCAAGGCGCAGCAACUUUCGCUGCAAGCGCUCGCUCACCACCGCACGUUCUCUUCCUCAAGCAGUCGUAGGACCUCGACCUCCGCCCCGAGUCAGGACUUCACUGCCGAGAUCCUGGCAACGCUCAAUGAUCAGCAUCUCGAUGAAGAGGAGCGCAUCGAUAAGGUCAGAGCCACCCUCGCAAAUGCGCUUUACGCCAUCGAGGGCGUUCCCUCGCCGUCCGCUCGCAUCGACAACUUGGUGCUCGACCUCAUGCAUCGUCAUCGCGAAGACGUGCUUCCAAGUGGCAUGCAAUUCUCGUCGAAUCCAGCACAGUCUCCCGUGCGCCGUCCAGCCAGCAUCCGUUCUUUCUCCACCUCUCGACCAUGGACGCCCACUCGACCCUCCUUUUCGCCAGCCUCUUCAUUCGCCGCCACCUCCGCGGAAGGUACUCCGUCUGCGUUCACCGGCUCGCAGCGCCCGACCUCCCCGCAUCUUGGAUCCAGUGCCUUGUCCGCGCUCACCUCGACCACCAGCCCGGUCUGGUCUUCGGCGAGCGUCAACAACGCCGCCAGCCCGAGGCCGCAUCCUGGCGUCAUCGGAUCUGGCUCCCCACGCGCUUCUCCCAAACCGUGGAACCGCACUUUGUCCAAUCUCUCCACCGCCAGCUUAGCUUCCAACAACGGUGCUGCGAGCAGCAGUGCUUCGCCAAUGUCCUCGCUUCCUCCUGGGGUCGCAGCGAAUGCUAGCAGUCGGCCAGCCUCUCCAUCGCCCUUUGGCUCGCCAAAGCUCAAUUUUGCGGCUACCGAGUUCAAGCCACGGACCACCUCAACUGCCAGCUCUGCUGCUCCAGCUGCAGCUUCACUCACUCCGACGCGGCAGGCACCUCACCUUGUGCGCCGCGCCAGUUCAAACGCUAGCAGCAGCAACUUAGCCUUGGCGAACAAGAGUCAUGCCGGUGCUGGCGACGACGAUGACGACGAGUUCUCGCCGUUCGGCAGCGCGAAGCCUGCACAGCAGCAGCCCCUCAGCUUUGCAGGCUUCACGGCGUACGAUCCCGAUGCCGGAUGGACCUCAGCACAAUCCUUCGGCGGAUCCGACCCACACCAGAACAGCUGGCCUCGUCCUCAAGCAAAUGCUGGCUUCGAGUCGUUCGAUGGCGACGUGCUUGGCGCCGAGCCAACAGCUCCUCUCACGCCUUUCGAUAUGCUCUAUUCGAUUCUCGUCACGGGCACAAAAGCUGGUUCCUCGGAAUGGAGCCCGGAGCAGGUGGACGAAGCGCUGGUCAUGCACAACUACGACGUCGAGAAGACAUUGAAUGCCAUCUGGGAAAACGACGGCAAACCGCUGGGCGAUGGCACAAAGUCGCUGUUGUCGGGCGAAUCGUCUGCGUCGCGUAUGCUGCCUGGCUUGUCAUCCACAGACUCGCCGCGCGUGGCACCAGCUCCUCUGCCAGCUACCGCUGGUGUCAAAGCGGGAGUCAACGUCAUGUCUAGAGAAGCUCUCGGCUUGGCUGCUUCCCGUGGCCAGCGUCCGUCUCUGUCUAGAUCUGGCUCUUCUCAGCUCGCCCCGCGAUACGAAGCAGCUGGUGCCGGCGCACCUAGUCAGGGUGCCAACCGCGUAUGUCGUUACUACAUGGCCGGAGAGUGUCGACGAAGCGACUGUCGCUUCUCUCAUGACUUGGACAACCGAGCCGUCUGUCGUUACUGGCUCAAAGGACAUUGCGCCCACAAUCCAUGCAACUUCCUGCACGACUACGAUGCACUCAACCAGCUGGCGACAGGCAUCGUGUCUGGCCUGCAAGUCAGCGAUGGCAGCGCUCAGACACCACAAGCUCCGGCGUCCGAGACGAUGGAUACUCGUGGUGCGACCCGAGCCAAGGACGAAUUCCCUGAACUCGGCUCGACUUCCGGUUCCAAGAGCUCGUACGCUGCCACGCUAGGAAGUGGUCCAGAUGCCUCCAGGAAUCGCUGGGCUUCGACAGUACAGAAGAGAGCGGCGACAGAUGCCGCGAGCAGGGCGCAAAAUGACACUCAAGGUGUCAUCAGCAUCCAUUCCAGAGCGGCACCGAUACGUUCGCAACCAGGACAGGCGGAAAGCAAGUUGGCAGGCCGAGGGGCAGUUACGAGUCCACGCGCGUCGGCUCGGCUACCGCUACGCCCUUCCGCAUUGCUGCCGACGCUGCUGACCGGAAGCAGCGCAGCCGAGACAUACCAGACGCAUCGAGGUGACGCUCUCACGCUGGCUGAGCAGCGCAACAAGCUGCUGGCUCGAGCUUCCGAAGCGUACCGCAAAGGCGAUGUCGCUUCAGCGAAGAAGUUCAGCAAAGAAGCCUCGUCUCUCAACCAUCAGUAUGAGGAUGAAUCGCGCACUGCAGCUCACGGCAUCAUCAAAGAGCGUAUGCGCGAGUUGCGGUCUCGCAUAAACGACCCGGGCGCCUCAGGCUCGACUGCGUCGAGUCAAAGCAACGAAGCUGGUUCGCGUGGCAUGCGUGGCAAGCUCGUAGGCAAUGGCCUUGGAAUUUGUCUCGGCGUGGUGCGUCCAGGAGCGCUUCAGGGCAGCCAGGCUUCGUCCGCUACGGCGAAUUUGUCGGUCGACGAGCGCACCGAAUGCCUGCUGGAUCUGCACGGCUUGCACGCGAAGGAGGCGGUAGAGAUGACAGAACAGUUCUUGCUAGGAUUGGAAGCAGAAGGCAUUCAAGGACUGGCGUAUCUCGCCAUCGGCAAGGCGAAGCACAGCAGCAAGGAGACGGACAAGAGGCGCGUCAAGGUGGGCGGCUUCAUCAAGCAGUUCCUCAGCAGCUACUCGUAUCCGUUUGCGGAGAGCGAUGGCGUGCUCGUGGUCGAUCAUCUCACGCAUUCGUGA